AGAUUGUGUCUAAUGAGUAGAUAUAGAGAGCUGAAGCUGCCUCCUAUGAUGACUCUUGGACUGAACAGCACUAGGCUAGAUAAGAUGUGAGCUAUCUUUUGCUGUCUUAAGUCUCAAUAGAGAGCAACCUGUAUUCCUUCCUGCUUUCUUGUGUGAGGCAGAGCUUCAAUCUCCCCAUCAAAGAAAGACCUGGAUCUUCACAGAUAUCUUCUUCCAUAGCCUUGUGUCCAGUGAUAUACAGCACAUGGAGCCAAGAAACAAUACUCAUAUUUUAGAAUUUUUUCUAUUGGGAUUUUCACAGGACCCAAACUUGCAGCCUGUUAUAUGUGGCCUUUUCCUCUCCAUGUACUUGAUCACUGUAGUUGGAAACUUGCUCAUUAUUCUCACCAUCAUCUCAGAUGCCAACUUGCAUACACCCAUGUACUUUUUUCUCUCUAACCUGUCAUUUGUGGAUAUCUGCUUUGUUUCCACCACUGUCCCAAAAAUGCUUGUGAAUAUUCAAACAAAGAGAAAAUCCAUUAGCUAUGCAGAUUGCAUCACCCAGAUGUACUUUUUUCUGAUUUUUGUGGAAUUGGACAACUUCCUCCUGGCUGUAAUGGCCUAUGACCGUUAUGUGGCCAUCUGCCAUCCACUGCAUUAUACUGGUAUCAUGAAUCGCAGACUCUGUGGAUUUUUGGUUCUUGUAUGCUGGAUUGUGAGUGUUCUGCAUGCCUUGUUACAAAGCAUGAUGGUGCUGCGGCUGUCCUUCUGCACAGACUUGGAAAUCCCACACUUCUUCUGUGAAUUGAAUCAGGUGGCACAGCUAACCUGUUCUGACACCUUUCUCAAUGAUGUGGUCAUGUAUUUUGCACUUGUUUUAUUAGCCAUUGUUCCUCUGUUUGGCAUCCUUUACUCUUACUCCAAGAUAGUAUCCUCCAUACGAGCAAUGUCCACAGUUCAGGGGAAGUAUAAAGCAUUUUCCACCUGUGCAUCUCAUCUCUCCGUUGUCUCCUUAUUUUACUUCACUGGUCUAGGAGUAUACCUCAGUUCUGCAGUAAGUCACAGCUCACAAGCAAGUGCAACAGCCUCUGUGAUGUACACAGUGGUGACUCCCAUGCUAAACCCUUUCAUCUACAGCCUGAGGAAUAAAGAUGUAAAAGGAGCCCUGAAGAGGCUCUUAGGGGUAAAACUAUGA